AUGCGACUCUUUCUAAUUCCGAUCUCGACAAAGCGAGUUCUCAUAUACGCUCGACCCCUGCGAAGAGAUCUUUCCAGUGAGCUCUCCUACCUCGACCGAAUUACGACCAAAGCCGCGGAGACAUGGGCCAAAUGGGAAGAGGCCGAUAAGGGUUGGAAGAUGCACUUGGUGCGUUGGGGCAAUCGAGUCCAACAACGGAUACCAUACGAAGAAUGGGGCCUGAAGAGCAUUCCCUCGCUCGAAGCACAGAAGCGCAUUAAUAAAGAUCAUGGAACGAACAAGAUCGACGUGUUGUUCCCUGGAAAUGCCAUGCGAUUGGAGCGAAUCUCCCCUGUGCUGCGCAAGAUCGCCACAGAGAGGCAGGAGCUUCACAAGAAGCGGAUGAUGUGGAGUUUCAUUGCAGCACCAUUUACAGCACCACUCGGUCUGAUUCCAGUAGUGCCGAAUAUCCCCUUUUUCUACCUGGCGUACCGAGGCUGGUCCCACUGGCGCGCUCUCAAUGGCUCUAAACACCUGGAAUUUAUAGUUGAGAAGAAUCUCCUCAACCCCAUUUCCCUGCCAGAGCUGGAGGACCUUUACGCGAAGCGCGCCUCCGGAGCCCUCGAGAAAACAACCAAAGAUACCCCAUAUUCGGAGAUCGCGGAGGAUAUAGAGCAGAGCGACGACCAGGUCUUGCUCAAGAUGUCAGAUGCCAAGAAAUUGGCCAAGAUCUUGGAGGCCCCAGACCUUGCCCUGGAGGCCGAACGUGCGAUCAUUCAAGUCAGCGAGCAGCUCGAGGCUGCAAGGAAUGCCAAGAAGACAGAAACAGCAGACGAGAGUCCAGAAGACAAGAAAAAGUCAUGA